GGAAGUGGGAGUCAAAUCACAGAAGUUACCAUAAGCACGACGUCUGCUUCUACCCGCUGUACACUCACCGCUGCCGGGACGGAGAGAUUUAAGAGAAAACCGUUUGGAGUCGUGUGGAAAUCAUCCAGACAAACAGGCCAGCUAUGGGCUCCAUGUUCCGCAGCGAGGAGGUAUGCCUGGUGCAGCUCUUUCUCCAGUCCGGCUCGGCCUACAACUGUGUCAGCGAGCUGGGAGAGCUGGGCCUGGUGGAAUUCAGAGAUUUAAAUCCUAACGUGAACGCCUUUCAGAGGAAAUUUGUCGGGGAGGUCAGACGAUGCGAGGAGCUUGAGAAAACAUUUUCCUUCCUGGAACAGGAGAUCAACCGAUCCCUGUCCCCUCCUUUGAACGGACGUCUCCCUCCUCCUUGCCCGACACCUUCAGCCCCCCAGCCCCGAGAGCUCAUCACAAUCGAGGAGGAGAGCGAGAGGCUGGCCAGGGAGCUCAGAGAGGUGUCCAGGAACAGAGACAGUCUUCGGGCUCAGCUGACCCAACUUUGCCAGUACAGAGGAGUGCUGACCAGAACACACUCCCUCACAGCCACCCAGGCACCCCCGUCUAUGCUGGAAAGCCAAGGCCUGUUUGAUAACCGCCAUGAUGUCCACCUAAGUUUUGUGGCGGGCGUGGUCCACCCCUGGAGAGUCCCCUCAUUCGAGCGCCUGCUGUGGCGGGCAUGCCGCGGUUAUAUCAUCGUGGAUUUCCGAGAAAUGGAGGAUCGUCUUGAGCACCCGGACACGGGAGAGAUGGUGCAGUGGACAGUGUUCCUUAUUUCCUAUUGGGGGGAUCAGAUUGGCCAGAAAGUGAAGAAGAUAUGCGACUGCUUCCGCACACAGACCUUUGCGUAUCCCGAGAGCACGGCUGAACGAGAGGAGAUUCUUCAGGGACUUCAAGGCAGAAUUGAAGAUAUCAAAUCUGUGUUGUCUCAGACCGAGUCCUUCCUGCAGCAGCUUCUCAUGCGGGCGGUGGCCGUGCUGCCCCAGUGGAAGGUGCGUGUCCAGAAGUGCAAGGCGGUCCAGAUGGUCCUGAACCUCUGCAGCCCCUCCGUCACUGACAAGUGCCUGAUUGCCGAGGCGUGGUGUCCUGUUGCCAAGCUGCCCGAGCUGCAGAGCGCCCUGCGAGAGGGAGGGAGAAAAAGCGGCAGCGGCGUCGACUCCUUCUACAACCGCUUGCCGUCAUCCGCCUCCCCGCCUACCCUGUUUCCAAUUAACUCCUUCACCGCCGGUUUCCAGAACAUUGUGGAUGCCUACGGAGUGGCCAGCUAUCGGGAAGUCAAUCCAGCGGUGUACACCAUAAUUACAUUCCCCUUCCUGUUUGCGGUCAUGUUUGGGGAUGUGGGUCACGGUGUGCUGAUGACUCUGGCCGCCCUCUGGAUGGUCCUGGAGGAGAAAGACCCCAAACUGAGACGUAACAAUAAUGAGAUCUGGAGGAUGAUGUUCGGAGGUCGCUAUCUGAUCCUGCUGAUGGGAUUGUUCUCCAUCUACACGGGAGCCAUUUACAACGAGUGCUUCAGCCGAGGCCUCAGCACCUUCAACUCAGCGUGGCACGUCCGCCCAAUGUUUGAGAAAAACAUUUGGAAUGCGUCUGUCCUGGCCGGGAGCCAGUACUUGUCCAUGGAUCCUGUCGUGACUGGUGUCUUCACCAGUCCUUACCCAUUCGGCAUUGAUCCGAUUUGGGGUUUGGCCAACAACAAGCUAACCUUCCUCAACUCGUAUAAGAUGAAGAUGUCUGUCAUCAUUGGCAUCAUCCACAUGACUUUUGGAGUGUGUUUGUCAUUCUUCAACUAUGUGCACUUUGGCCAGUUGAGUAGGGUGUUCCUAGUGCUGAUCCCAGAGCUGUUCUUCAUGUUGUGUCUGUUUGGAUACCUGGUGUUUAUGGUGGUCUUCAAGUGGAUCGCCUACACUCCCGCCCAGUCCAAAAUGGCCCCAAGUAUACUCAUCCAUUUUAUAGACAUGUUCCUCUUUACGGAAAACGCAGACAACCCACCUCUCUACACAGGACAGGGUGUCGUACAGAAAGUUCUGGUGGUGCUGGCGCUAUGCUCCGUUCCCGUCCUUCUGCUUGGGAAACCCCUAUUUGAAUAUAUCACAUACAAGGGGAGAAGGCGUCCGCUGCAUCAGGAAGAAGACAGGCGCCCGCUGGUGGCCGACGAGAGCUCCAUCAACUCCCGACAAGGGGAGACGGACAGAGGGUGCGCUGAGGAGGAGGAGUUUGAUGCCGCUGACGUGUUCAUGCAUCAAGCCAUCCACACCAUCGAGUACUGCCUGGGCUGCAUCUCCAACACGGCCUCUUACCUGCGGCUCUGGGCUCUCAGUCUGGCACACGCGCAGCUGUCAGAGGUGUUGUGGGUGAUGGUGAUGCGUGUGGCUCUGAGGUGGCAGGGCUACGUGGGCUCUGCAGUUCUCUUUGUGGUCUUUGCCUUUUUUGCGGUGUUGACCAUCUCCAUCCUGCUUGUUAUGGAGGGCUUGUCAGCAUUCCUUCACGCACUCCGUCUGCACUGGGUGGAGUUCCAGAACAAGUUCUACAGCGGCACAGGCUACAAGCUGAACCCAUUCUCCUUCUCGUCUCUGAUCAAUGCAUCAGCUGCUAUAUGAUCAUCAUACUGACCAAAGAAUUCACUGCAAAAGUAAUUAAUUUAUGUUAUUAAGGUGUUAGACUGCAGAAGACUUAACACAAACCAUGUUGUGUGGCCUGAGGCUAUGAAAUGGUGUAUUUGCACAAUGAACAUGACUGUGUUGACCGUUAUUUGAAUGACUUUCAACAACACUUUACUAUUCCCUUUUCAAAUUUUAUUCACUCAGUGUUACAUAAAAGCAUUCUUAUUCAUUCCAAAAGAGAAGCUUGGUGAUUGAUUGAUUCUUUUCACUGUAAUUAACAUUAAUUAUAUUAAUCUUAUGAGUUGAAAAGGGAAGUUUAAGGGAAUGUAUGUUGAAUUGGGGUGUUUAGCCAGGACCAAACUUAGCCGGGACUUUGAAAUUGGCCAAAAGAUAGCAGGUAAUAUUAUGAUCAUCUGCUAAAUAAAUACACUUGAUCUACAAUGUUGUGUCACUUAAGCAUAACAAAUGUUUUUAAAAGAUUAGUAACAGUUUUCCUUUGUGCCUUACUAAGAGUGCUUGUUUAUUCAUUUCCAUGACAACGCGUUGAACCACAUCCGCUUUUCAUUUUUUUGUUAUGCACCAUCAAAGUGAUCGAGUUUGAACUGAAAUUAAAUGAUUUUUCUAUAUGAUCACAUGCAGCGUUGCAUCUUAAUACAUACGUCAAAGAUGAUCUAUUAUCUAUCAGUUGCACUUA